UUCUCCUCAUCUCGGCGAUGGGGAAGACCAUCAAGCUCAUUUCCGGCGACGGGGAAAUGUUUGAGGUGGAGGAGGCGGUGGCAUUCCAAUCGAAUAUCAUCAAGAGCCUCGCCGACGAGGACAACGCCGACGACUGCAUCCCCCUCCCUGGGGUCGACUCCCAGAUUCUGAGCAAGGUCCUCGAGUUCUGCAGGAAGCACGCCAAUUCCCCCAGCGUUCACACCAAAUUCGCCGCCUUCCCCAGCGAGUUAUGCCCGAAGCACGACGGCUCUGCCGGCGGUCCUUCAUCCUCUGAAUCGUCGUCUGCGCACUCCGAAACUUGUAAAGCCUGUUACGAUGCGGUGAUGAAGCUCGUUCAAUGGGACUUAGAGUUCGUUAAAGUGGAUUUGGACUUAAUCCAUCACCUCCUUAAAGCAGCGAACUAUCUGGACAUAGAAGACUUGAUGUUUAUGGCCGUUGAGGGUGCCGCAAAUGCGAUCAGAGGGAAGAAUCCGGAAGCGCUUCGCAAGCUGUUCGACCUCGAGAAUGACUUCACGCCGGAGGAAGAGAGAGAUUCUGAAGGAGCAUUCUUGGUUGGACGAUCGAUUUGA